AUGCAAGGCGCUCUGUCGCUCUGUCGCUCUGUCUGGGCUCAUUAUGCCGCCGCGAUUCCAGAAUGUCGCUUUCAGACCCGUGUCUGUCUGGCGUCUGUCCGUCGCACAGCCGAGGCCUUCCCACCUGGAAGGCCUGAAAUGCAAAUGCGGCCACGACCCAGAGCGCUGCGACAGUCGAAAAUCGAUAGGCUCAAUUGCGCCCUUUUCAUUGGUCAGAAUUGGAAUGCAGCACGCCAGCCAUUGAGGCAGCCAGACGGCCUGCUAGGCUGCCCGACUGCUGAAGCGCUUACGAAGCCAUCGAGCCAGCUUCCCGGCAGGCCUCUUCAGGCUUCGCCACGUUCGGCCUUGUCUGACUUGCCUGGCCCGCUUAGCCUCUGGCCUCGCCUCGCCUCAUGGCUGCAGAGACAGUUGUUGGGCUGCGUCUCACAAACUGGCGGUCGACCGAAAUGUCUCGUUCGAGCUGACUUGCAAACCGGUUCGGCCGGAGCACAAUCUCUCAACCCAAAUGUUACAUUCGACAACGUGUCAGUUGUCGCGCCAGCCAUUCUUUGCAUGCAGAAUAAUACCCGCUUUGCCAGACUGUGUCAAUCAAUGGACGGGUUGAUUAAUCCAAUCAUUUGGCUCAGUUUACAGCCGCAACCGACACUGCUCGGGGCCGCCGUCCUCGGAGCUACCCCCCUCCUUACCGCCCACAGACGUACACAGAAUAGCGACAGAAUGGUGGGGACAACGUUGUCGGUGUGUAUUGGUGCUGGUUUAGCAGAUGGCUCUGGUCACGUCAGGCUUGGGAAAGCGAAAUCGAAUCCAACAGACACACCACAGUGA